GCCUGCUUCCCUCUCCCUCACCUGUUUACCUUUCGUCUUUCUAAUUUCUACCUACUUACAUUUUCACUGACAUCUUGCUACAGUUUUAGCUGCUCUUAUUCCUUGGAGUCUCCGACCAGCAGGGACUCCCUAUGCCUGAAGAAGGGUGACUGCGCCCAAAAGCUUGCCUAAAACUUUUUUCCAGCUAUUCACUCAGUUGGGCUAGCAAACGAUAUCACAUCUGAAAGAACCUUGCCUGCCAAUUUCCAAAUGACAUUUACAUGUUGGGACACAGGAUGUCGCUGUUCUUCACAAAAAAUCUUUAGUGGGCAGGAAAAAAGCAGCUCCUCCCUGAUUCCGAGCUGACAGUUCAGUCCGAGUGCAGAGAAGGAUGGCGGAAUAGUCCUGGAGGCCCCGGGAGCCGAUGUCCUGGAUUGCAGCCGGCUCGGGGGGAUUUAUGCAAGUAUUCUCGAGUCUCACCAGCUACGCAAGUGCCGUUUAGUGUAACACCGCUCGGACCUGCCAUGUCGGCGCCCAGACUAGGAGGACCGGCGGGGAGGCAGCUGCUGCGUCUGGUGCUGCUGCAGGCGGCCUGGGCGGCGGGGAGCGGCCCGCUGCAGUACUCGGUGCCGGAGGAGGCCAAGGCCGGCACGCUGGUGGGCCGCCUGGCCCAGGACCUGGGGCUGGAGGCCGGGGAGCUGGCGGCGCGGAGGCUGCGGCUGGUGUGGAAGGGCGGGCGCGACUCGCUGGAGGUGAAGGCGGAGAGCGGGGCGCUGGUGGUGCAGUCGCGGCUGGACCGGGAGGAGCUGUGCGGCCAGAGCGCGCGCUGCGCCCUGCACCUGGAGGUGCUGGUGGACAAGCCGCUGCGGGUGUUUCACGUGGAGGUGGAGAUUCAGGACAUCAACGACAACGCGCCCGUGUUCCCGGUAGGAGAGCGAAAUCUCUUUAUAUUAGAAUCGAGACUGCCGGGCUCGCGCUUCCCACUAGAGGCCGCAUCUGAUGCGGAUAUCGGCACAAAUGCUUUGCUGAGCUACAAACUCAGCCCUAGCGAAUAUUUUUUUCUCGACUUGCAAACCAAUGGUGACCAAAGCAAAUCCGCAGAACUUGUGUUGAAGAAACCUCUGGACCGCGAGGAGACCCCCGUGCACCACUUGCUCCUGACGGCGACUGAUGGGGGCAAACCGGAGCUGACGGGCACUGUUGAGCUGGUGAUCACGGUGCUGGACGUGAACGACAACGCGCCCGUGUUCAGCCAGGCGGUUUAUGAAGUGAGUUUGCCGGAGGACGCAGCUAACGGGACCUUAGUCAUAAAUCUGAACGCCACAGACUUGGACGAAGGGAUUAAUAAGGAUAUUUCAUACGCCUUCAGUAGUCUUGUUUCGUCCGUUGUGAGAAAAUUGUUCAGUAUAGACUCGGGAAGUGGUGAAAUCCGAGUUAAAGGGGAACUGGAUUUCGAAGACACGAAUUUCUACAGCAUUCAAAUUGAUGCUACGGACAAGGGCGCUUACACCAUGUCCGGACACUGCCGCGUUGUGGUGGCGCUUGUGGACGUGAACGACAACGCGCCGGAGCUGUGGGUGACGCCGCUGUCGGUGCCGGUGGCGGAGGACGCGGCGCCGGGCACGGUGGUGGCGCUGAUCCGCGCGCGGGACCGGGACUCGGGCGCCAACGGGGCCGUGACGCUGUGGCUGCGGCCCGAGGCGCCGUUCCGGCUGGUGUCGAGCUUCCGCGACUCCUACUCGCUGGUGCUGGCCGAGGCGCUGGACCGGGAGCGCGUGGCGGCCUACGAGGUGGAGGUGCGGGCCCGCGACGCGGGGGCGCCGGCGCUGGGGGCCAGCAGCCGCCUGGCCGUGCCGGUGGCGGACGUGAACGACAACGCGCCCGCCUUCGCGCAGGCCGUGUACACGGCGUUCGUGCGGGAGAACAACGCGCCGGGCGCGGCGGUGCUGACGGUGCGGGCGCGGGACGCGGACGCGGGCGAGAACGGCGCCGUGAGCUACUCGGUGGCGGGGGGCGGCGCGCAGGGCAGGCCGGCGUCCAGCCUGGUGGCGGUGGAGGCGGCGAGCGGGCGCGUGCGGGCGCUGCAGCCGCUGGACUACGAGGAGGUGCAGGUGGUGGAGUUCGAGGUGCGGGCGCAGGACGCGGGCUCGCCGGCCUUGUGGGGCCGCGCCACGGUGCAGCUCUUCGUGCUGGACGCCAACGACAACGCGCCGGCCGUGUGGGCGCCGGCGGCGGGCGCGGCGCCCCUGCUGGUGCCGCAGUCGGCGGGCGCGGGGCAGGUGGUGGCCAAGGUGCGCGCCGUGGACGCGGACUCGGGCUACAACGCGUGGCUGCGCUACGAGCUGCAGGAGCCGCGCGGCGCCGGGCCCUUCCGCGUGGGGCUGUACAGCGGCGAGGUGCGCACGGCGCGGCCCCUGGACGAGGCGGACGGGCCGCGCCACAGCCUGGUGGUGCUGGUGCGCGACCACGGCGAGCCGGCGCUCUGCGCCACGGCCACGCUCAGCGUGUCGCUGGUGGACAGCGCGCAGGCCUCGGCCGCGGCGGCGGGGGCGGCCCGAGCGGCGGCGGCGGCCGGAGCGGCGGCGGCGGCGGCGGCCGGGCCCGACGGGCCGCUGUCGGAGCUGAACGCCUACUUGAUCCUGGCCAUCUGCGCCGUGUGCGGCCUCUUGGUGCUGGCGCUGGGGCUGGCGGCGGCGCUGCGGUGGCGGCCGCGGGCGGCGGUGCUGUGCGGCCCGGGCCAGGCGGCGCUGGUGUGCGCCAGCGAGGUGGGCAGCUGGUCGUACUCGCAGCGCCACAGCCGCCAGCUGGGAGGCGGCGAGGCGGCGGGCAAGGCCGACCUCAUGGUGUUCAGCCCCGGCUGCCCGCCCGCCGCCGCCGCCGGCAGUGCGGACAAGAAGACGGGAGGCGGCGGCGCCGGCCCGGAUGGAAGCGCAAUGGUGAGAUGUCUUUAUUCGCCUCUUUCCUUGCACGGCUCCCAGAUUGCUUCCCCUCUCCCGGAGCGCGCCUCAGGCGGAGCGGCUUCUCCCGCGUUUCGCUCCAUGCUUUCCUUCUCUUGCUUGGCCCAGGUGCUAGUAAGUCUGGGAAAGUUAACCCGGGAUUUUCUAACUUUUGCCCCUCUCGCUCCUGGGGGCCCAGGUAAGGUGUUGGCCAGCAUUGUCUCUUUGGGCAGGUUGCACCGGUUUUCCUAUAGGGGUAUGACAGCAUUGUCUCUUUGGGCAGGUUGCAACAGUUUUCCUAUCGGAUUAUGACAGGUUUUGGGGACACCUGCAUAGCUGAUUUUUCCCAAGGCUUCAAAACCCCCUGUUGAAUUACCUGCCUCCGGCCUUGAUCGUUUCGGGCUGGCAUGUUCCAGAGGAGCUGUUUCUCUGCCGAAGGCUGCUUUCUGUUUGAUUUUUUAAAAAUUCUACUCUUGUUCAGUCAUUUUUGAAAGAUGUUUUGUGCAGUUACGUGGUUUUCUCUGCGAUAAAAACGUUUCUGGCAACCACGUUCUUGAGAAGUUCCUUCUUUACUUCGGAGGUCCGUCCCUCCCUGACAAUGUGCCAAGGCCACAGGGAUGUGUUGAGGCCGGUCUCUUGCUGUGUCGGGAGGACAGCUGACUUGCAGUUGAUACGCUUCCAAAGUCUCAGUAGAGACUUCUCAGGAGCGAAAUCCUCUGCGGAUUCCACCUGUCCUGAGCGUGCUCCCGCUCCCUUAUUCGGGGUUGCAGCUCAUUGGGAUAUCCUAGGAGAGCAGGGUCCGAGGAGAGCAGGAGAGUCCCGCUGCUCAGGUGAGUGCAGCGACGCGCUCCUGUGUUCUCUUCUCUUGCAUUAAGGCUUUGCAUCGUAUUGCUGUCGGGUCUCACAGUGUAAGAAUCAUUCUAUUCCGACCUGAAAUCCUACAGUAACAAUUCCACUGCGUUGCUUCUCCGUGGAAACUCUAGUGGUUUCUUUCUGUCGUGGUCGUUGACUGUUGGAAGAAAACCUUCAGUAUACUUAAUAUCUAUCAGAACGGUAAUUUUUUGUAAAGAGGGUUUCUCCGAUGACGAGCAAUAGAAUGGAAGUUGGUGGCGGAACCGUAUGGAUUAUUAGGCUAGUAUUUCUUACAAGAAAAAUGCAGCUCCAAGUCCUGUCCUGAAGUUGGCUUUUAGGGUUAGUGCUGGUUAUUUGUAUUUUAUUCUCUCUCUCCUUACGGUUGUAGUGGAAAUGAUUUGGUAGAUCUCAUCCAUUUUCUGAAUUUUGCUUCACAUUUCCCUUUUUAAUUAAUGAUUCGGAUGGUAUUUCCUUGCAAGUUUGCAGAUCGAUUGCUGUUGUCCAAUGUAAAACGCUACAGGGGAAACUUCACUAAGGGCCUUUCCUUUAUUAUGUUAAACCCAGUUGUCCUUAAAUGCUUCUUGGAAUGAAGCAAUUACAAUUUUCAGCCUUGAUCAGAGCCCCCAUUCUCCUUGUGUUUUGUAUUAUUUUGUUUUGUUUUUCUUUCCCCGGAGUGAGUGGCCACGUGUUGUUUCUGAGAAUGAGAUGAUCACUCUGUACCUCGAGCAAUUAUUCUUGUAGAUUGUUUUUUUUUUCCUGAUAAGGACCCAUAAUAUACACUUCUAAGAAAGUUACUUGUAUUUAUCUUAUGGAUAAUUAGAACUUUCUUUAAAAAAAAAAUCAAUCGUAACUUCUUAUAAUUAGACUGCACUUGUUCUGAGCCAGUAGGCUGUGUACUAAUUACUUGUAUUUUAUUUUCUCUAGUGCAAUAUUUCCAGUGGAAAUAAUCAGAUACUGUCCUCAUCCUUUUUUCUGUUUCCCAAAAAGUCUAUUCCUCCUUAACAUCUGGUAGGAGCGACUUGCAGAGUUAGUUGUGUUUGAGUUGAACCUCAAUUUUUCCUCUUCAAUUUUAUUGAAUCUUGCCUCUCUCCCAUAUUACAGGUUUCUUUCACUUUACAUGCUGUACAUGUAUUCCUGGAAAAUGAUGCAUAAUCCAAAUUCACAUAAAGGGAACCCACUUCACAAUGUAAGGAAUAGGAUAUGUUCCAAGACCUCAACUGUACCGACUUCCCAGAUCCAUUUCUGCCUUUUUUACAAGACAAUUUUGGCAUGGGCGACUGGUGCUACCUUAGUGAGGGAGGGGCAUGUGCCCCCUCAGUGACCAGUCAGUGACUGGUCACUGGGGAGGACAUGUGACCCACAGCCAAUCUCGCCAACUGGAGGGGGGUCCCCACCUGCCCCCUGCCCAUCUCCUAAGCAGCCAGCACAGCCUGUCAGGGGGUACAAGUACAUCCCCCUGAACUCCCUAGGCAUCACUACUGAGUUUUGGUACUCAACAACAGCACACAGUACACACAAGGACAGGUCACUAUCAUAAUGGGGAUGGCAACUACAGAAAGGUGUGGCAAGGAGCACAGAUCCGCACAGGAGACUAUAUUUGGUGCAUCACUCCCACAAUGCACCGCACAAAUCAGCUGACUGUGGGCUUCCACCACAUUAGUCGCAUAAGAGUGAAUUUACCAUGCAUAUAAUGAGUUUUUGGUAUAAAAAGGCUCAUAGCAUAACAGUGAAUUCGCCCAUACAGAUCCUGCAUAAAGCAAGGGAAACCUAUAUAGGAAACGGUAAUUCAGAAGACUUCUCUGACCUUUGUCUGAAUUAUUCAUGUGCCUUUAUCUCUUCCCUUUGCUAAUCACCUUCCUGAACAGCCUUGCUCAUUUCAGUAUUUCUUGCUGUAGAACUCUUUCUAUGAUCAUGUAUUUUUUUCUGGGUUAUUGAGGCCUCUUAUUUAACUGAAUUUUCUCAUUGAAAAUUUGAACCGAAAUACUGUUGAUCGAAAUCCUGCUUUCAAUUGUUAUUCUUAUGUUUUAGGUACCCCAUGUAGAGUAGUCUGAGCUAUGGCUGAGAUGCUUUGUUAGCUGCUUUUAGGUUAUGCUUGCAUCUAUGAGAAAAUAGAAAUAAUUACCACAGUGAAAUAGUUCUAAAUUUACCUUUCCCUGGAUAGUGUAAGCACCAGAAUAAUUGUCUACUUCCACAAGCACGGAAAAAGGUAUCGCAGGCUGACACUUUAUUGACAUAACCAGUUUGCAAGACAGCCAGGUAUAGCAGAGAAAUGCCUUUGAAGGCAUUAAAGUUAAAUGACAAUUGCUUUUGUUUUGAGCUAGUAUUUAAAGAUGUAACCAAAGCAUAAGUUAGCUAUAGUUUAGCUUCAAGGAAAAGUUUGGACUUAUUAGUCUAUAACUGCAUUUUUUCCAAAGACUGUAGAGCAGAAAGAGGUUGAAACAUGACACUGUAUUUGAAGGAAUAGAGCUGUUUUGUGAUACCAGGAGUAUUCUGUUGCUGCAGUUACAAUACUCUCCCUUUCCACUUGCCAGUGUAAGACAUGGUACUAGCGAUCCUCAUUAGGGCUGUGUGAAAUUAAGCCACCAGUUUUGUUUUGAUGCUGUUUCAACCUGUUUCAAGUUCAAAAUAGCAAAAUUGAAAUGAAACAUAUAUGGUCAAAACAGCCUCGAAACGAAACAAGGCAAGUUGAAACGUUUUGCUGUUUUGAGGCUGUUUUAACAUUUUGCCCUUAGGCUAUA